UUAGCUGUGGAAGGAAUUGCAUGAUGGUUUGUAACAUACAACAUAAAAACCUCAAAACUAUAGAACAAUAUCAUCAUAAUCAAAUCAUUAUUUUAUUAGGGAUAUGCAUCUUCAGCUCCUCAUCAGUCAAUUUAGUGUGUAUAAUUUAGGUAAUGACAUAAUGUUAUAGGCCUACGAAAUAAACUUUUUUAUUAUUAUUGUCUUUAAAUUGUUAGAUUUAGAAAAGAACACAUGGAUAUACAUUUCAAUGAAGACUAAAAAGGAACCUUUAUGUGAUCAGAAUGUCUACAUUUGAAAAUGUUUAACUAAAUAAUCUGAAUUAGUCACAUGUAAUGACCAUUCUUUACACGUGUGUCCCUCAGGGUGAUAACAAGUCUUCAUCUGGACAUCCAUGACCACAAAUACACUGAUCUAAUCAGUCAAACAUUUUUGGUUGUUUCACAGGAGCCAAUCAACUGUACUCCACCAACAUUAUGGUUUAUGAUAAGCCUCAUUCUUAUUUCCUCCCUCCCUCUCUCUCUCUCUCUCUUUUGCCCUGCCCCAUCUUCUGGCCCCUCAUGCGCAAUCUGUGCCUGUGCCACCUUUGGCACCAGCCCGCCCACCAGCACCUGUGCCAGCCAGCCAGGACCUGGCAACCCUCACCAAGACGCUCUGCUUGGCUCAGUUCAAUUGACUCGUUUAGGCAAAUUGCACCCUGACUCUGAUCUUUAUGGCGGGUCCCUUAUUUAUCCCAGAACCUUUGUGUCACGGCAAUUCUAGAAUUAGAACGUCUUCUAAUUCUACAAUUAGAAUGUCUUCUAAUUAAAACAUUCCAUACAUUUCCUCACAUGGUGGAUUAUUUCUCCCUUGUCCAACCUAGUAAUAAUCCACUAAUAUUUGAAUGAUAUCAUCCUAAAAAUUGAUCAUAAUAGGAUUUGCUAUAAUUAUUCCUCUAAGGGGAUUGUAUCCCCCUAAACCUUCUAUAUGAGAUUAACCCCGUUUUUUUCCCAACCAAAAGAUGGAGGGCUAUAACAGAAGCUGCUUGAAUCCAGUGCGUUUUUUUUGUCACUCCUUAUUCCAUUUUCUCUUUCAGCUCGGUGACAGAUGGCGAGUCCCUCUCUCUCUCUCCCCCAGGGGGGAAAGCCAGUCUCUGUGAAUGCGGCCGCAUGUCAAUCACCGGCUCUCAUGUGAUGGCUCUUGCCAAUGACGUGCCAGCCAUAUGGGCUUGGCAUCAGAAGCUGGUAUGUAACCCACCCAGUCCUCUCCUCUGAGGUGCCACACGGAUCCCUCCACGCGUCUGGGCUGGGGAUAGCAGCAGUAAGCAGCAGCAGUAAGCAUCAGCAGCAUCAGCAUCAGCAGCAUCAGACAGAGAGGAGAGAGAGAGGUGUGAGAGAGAGCAGAGCAUCCGUGCAGGGCGUGUGGAUGUGAUGCCCACCCGGAGAGAGAUGGUGUAAACAAACCAGCUCUGCUCCGCCACCAAGCUCCACCACGGAGGUUGCCACGAUGUUGAGCCGUCUGUUCAGCGAGGUCCUGCCUGACGUCCAGAGGCUCGCGGCUGACUGGGCAGACGAUGACGAGCAUGAGGACGGCAAGGGCAACAAGGACGGAGAGCGCGAGCCCUUGGAUCACCUGGAUGACGAUGAUGACCUGGACGACGACCUGGACGAGCCGCUGGAAGGCAGCAGCAGAGCCGAGUCCGAGAUGGCCGACGACGGCGAGGACGACGACGUAGAGGAAGAGGAAGGCGACGAAAACAACGGAGGAGACAAACCCAAGAAGCGCGGACCGAAGAAGCGCAAGAUGACUCCGGCGCGCGCGGAACGCUCCAAGAUGCGCCGCCACAAGGCGAACGCGCGGGAGCGAACGCGCAUGCACGACUUAAACUCCGCGUUGGACAACCUGCGCAAAGUGGUGCCGUGCUACUCCAAGACGCAGAAACUCUCCAAGAUAGAGACUCUGAGGCUGGCCAAGAAUUACAUCCUCGCCCUUGGGGAGAUUUUACGCAACGGCAAGCGGCCAGAUGUGGUGGCCUACGUGCAGAUGUUGUGUAAAGGUCUCUCUCAGCCUACUACUAACCUGGUGGCAGGUUGUCUGCAGCUCAACACCAGGAACUUCCUCACCGAGCCGUGCGCAGAUGGAGCUCGUUUCCACAUGCCCAGCUCUCCUUUCUCCGUGCACCCGUACUCCUACCGGUGCUCCCGCAUCUCCAGCCCGCAUUACCAGCCUGGGAGCACCGCGCUGAACGUGCGGGGCCACUCCUACGGGUCUGGGUACGAGGGCCCUGACUAUAACAGCCCGGACUACGAGGCCCCGCACAGCCCGCCCGGGUGCGUGAACAACGGGCUGUCCGGGAGACAACAGCAGGAGUCCUCGGAGGUGGACAGGAACUAUCAUUACUCUAUGCAUUACUCCGGACUCUCCACGUCCAGACCUGGAGGACACAGCUUACCUUUUGGACCCUCAGGUGGAGCGCGCAGUGGUGGAGGUGCAGGUGUGCACUCGGAAAACAUCCCACCUUUCCACGACGCGCACUUGCACCACGACAGGGCUCCACCGUACGAGGAUCUCAAUGCUUUUUUCCAUAACUGAGAAAACACCCUAAAAAACAACUCGCAGGGCUGGACUUGGACAAAUAAAUCAGCCAUGGCAUUUUGGCCCCAUCACCGGUUAUCUGUGCUGCUGUGUGUACCACGUUUUGUUGAAGGCUCUGUUAAAGGAAAUCCCCUCAAAUUUUGGUUGUUUUGCAUACUUACCAAUCUUGAGACCUCAAAAAUAGGGAGGAUUUCAAAACCAAAGCAGUGGGUCUGACAAAUUUGAGUUUCAGAGACUUUGUUUCCUGAAUUCUGGUGACUUUAAAACAAUGAAAAUAACACAAUAAUAAGUACACUGCAACAGCAUUUUUUUUUUAUGUUAAACUUCUAAUUUUACCUUUCAAUCUCAGCAAAGAAGACUGGAUAAUUUGCUUUCUGGCAUAAACUUUGCAUGUGAAUAAUAAAGCAUCAUCUAAUAUUCAUCAGUUAUGAGAAUUUUGUUUUUGCCCCUGAGACUUUGUUUCCUGAAUUCUGGUGACUUUAAAACAAUGCAAAUAAUACAAUAAUCAGAAUCAGAAUCAGAAUCGUGUUUAU